GGGGGCGCCAUUUUCUGUACACAGUGAGGGGCGCGUAGAAGGACAUUCCUACCACGGAUCACCUCUCGCUGUCCUGUGAAACAAUGGCUAAUAUAUUUGCUUCUUACUUUACUUAGAACUGAUAAGUUUCCCCAUUUCUUUCUUCAAGUGAUCUACCAGAAACUUAAGCAACUCCCCUUCUAUGCCUCAGGGCAUGUCUGCACUGUCUUCGCUACCGGGGAAACGGCUGAAUACACUAGUCGGCCUCUCAUCUGCAUGUAACUGCAUAAUGCCGAGCCUGGUAGUUUUUGAAAAGAUGACAUGGAUAUCGACUGCGCAAUGAAUGGGCAAAAGUCUAGCAGUGGUAGAUGAGAUCGAUACGUCAAUAUCUCACAGUACGUACACAUCGGGAGACACAAUCACCCUAGGUGGCAAUGUUGUUAAAAGAUGGCAGCAUAUAAUUUGUCUAGGAGGAAAAGUAACGGGUAUAAAGUCACCGAUGGAAAUACGCUAUAAGGCUAUAAGGCAUACAGCAAUAUAUAUAGCAGAGAAUUUGGUUCCACAAGCAUGGCGUCUCUGGUUUACGUGAGGAAUGCGCCAAAAAGGAACGCAUCUUUACGGGCAGAAGUGCAAAUGGUAAUUUCUACAUAGCAAAGUUGAUUGUGAUAUUUUGGUGGACGAAGUCAAACCCUUCGGAUGAUGCACCAGAAUUAAGACAAAUGAAGCAUUUCUUUAUCUUUGAGCCAACAUGCCCGAGCUUUCAGCCAUCAGAGAUGACGAGGCCAGCCCAUACGAGUCUCUUGCGAGGGCCAAGGCGAUCCUCCGAAACAGCGCCGAGCGGGCGCUGCUGGAAAAACGACGGAAGGAGAAGCAGCGUGGACUCCAGAGAUCCAUGCUGGAGUACACGGAACACGCAAGGAGGGUACGCCAGGCUCACCUGGAGCUACAGGCUAAAGGAGGCGGCUUCAGGGAACCCACGGCUGCCGAUCGCCUGGGGGCGGCUCUGAGCUACAAACCCCGCAAGGGCCGGUCGCCUCUCCGGGCCAGCGAUAACGAGCUGCGGAGGCUCUACGGGACACUGACCCAAGCCGACAAGAAGGCCUUGGAGGAUCGAUACCUUCCGGAGAUACUGAAAUCCGGGACGGGGUCAAAUUUGACCGGAUCGACGGAGAGUCGAACGGGGAAUCAACGGGGAGAAGGAACCGACUUCUGGGACAUUGUCCAGAAAGACGGUACGGUGAAGAGGGUGGUCAUUCUCCGUACAGAUGACCAGUUUGUGCACUUGCGAGAAUGUAAAACCAAACGCCAUACGGAUAUCGAUCGGGAUGUUCCUUUGAAGGUUUCCGAACGAAAAUCGGGCGGAUUUGUGAGUUACAGAAGCGACGGUACUACGUCGAAAAGGCUGGAGGAAGGGAGGCCUACAAAUUCUGUAACCAAUUCAGAAAAGCCCCAAAAACUAACAUCAGUUUUUAUCUCUGAAGAUGUCAAGAGUGGCACUGGACGCGGCAGCUACCACCCUGGAAUACUUCCCAAACCACGACCGGAAGUACCGGAUGUACCGGUGGAGGUACGGACGAAUAUUCCAAAACCGAAAGUGAUGAUUCAGGUUUCCCUUCCGCGCAUGGAACUCGACACGCCGAGUCCGGAGCCCCCGGACUCUGGGGACGAGCAAGAGGUUGAGAAGGAGGACGAUCCUUUCCAUGAGAAAAUGAUUUGCCUGAAACAUGGAUUUCAAUCUUGCAAGAGAUGUGUAAACACUUCAAGCGAUGUAUCAUCAACAGAAACCGGUGUGUAUCAUCAUCAGAAUAAUGUCUCUGAACCUGCAACUGAACUCAGGAUUUCCACUCACACGUAUCCGAUUGAACAACCCAGAUUGCCCAAAGGGACAGAAAAUGUCGAGUCUCAGAAACCAGUUGAUCGGCAAGAGGGUAGUACAGUUUCCGUUUCUGAAGUAUCGCAGAGUUCCUUGGUGCUCGGUAGCGACCUCGCCUACCACAGAGGUUUCACAGUCAACACCAGCGUGCAAUCUUUGCCUUCGCGGAUGGAUGGAAUUCUGAGAAACGCUAUGAGCUCCGCUCAGCAGCUUGGGAUGGGCCACGGUGGAGUGGUCAGCAAGGGCCCACCGAGAGGAGCCGAGCCUGCGGCGUUACCAGCCUCGACUCGGCACGGUCUGACCUGCUGUAGACACGGUCAGGUUGCGUCCAGCUGCAACACCUGUCGUACCGUGGAAGAGAUCCAAAGGCGGCUGAAGACCAACGACUUCAGGCGGGAGAUGAGACAGUCCUUCCACUGGGACCUACAAGCGGGGACUGCCCUGAGCAAGUCAUCCCACUGGACGGGACAACGGGGGAAAUCGAACCUCGUGCCCCAUCUGAGAGAAAUGUGGGCCCGCAAGAAACAGACCAGGACGGUACACCGCGGAAAAUCAACUGCGAAGAAGCAGGCUGUGAAACCAGACGUCGGGUUGGAUAGCCAGGUGAGGCGGUCUUGUGCCAGCAGCAUUCUGAAGGAGAGUACAGACAGUCUGGGACAGAAGAAAUCAGUGCGGUUUUCCGAAGAUGACAUUUAUCAUCCAAUGAUGGGGUACCACCCAUCUGCAAGGGACACGGGUAAUGUGGUUUCUGCAUUGUAAUAAACAACAUUCUGUUUACCAUUGUGAUUUGUUUGACGACAUGCAAAUACGUGUAUACAGGAACUUCAUUCGGAUCCGAUGG